AGCAAAGCAACCCUUCCUCCUUUCUCUCUCUCUUUCUCUCUCUCUCUUCCUAUAAGCUCUUGCUUUACUGCUUCACUAUCAAACCAACCUCCAUCCAUUACUUCUCCAUUUUUCAAAUCCUCUUCAACUAGUGUGUAUCUCAUGCAUCAUCGUUCAUUCCCAUGCCCUAAAUUCUCAUUCCUCCUCUUUAAUUUCCUCUCUUCUUCUUCUUCUGCCUUAGUUAAUUAACAAGCUAGCUAAUUAGGGCAAAACACUGGAUUAUUCUACCUCUCUCUUCAGUGGAUGUGUUUCUUUGCUUUGCUUUUCAAACAUAGAUAGUAUAUAGGGUUUGAAAAAACAGAAUGGAACUUUCGAGUCAAGAAGGAGAUAUACCAAUCGCAGUAAACACCACCGCCAAUUAUGGUGGCAAUGGCCAUGGCGCCCACAUCAACAUUCACCACACCCAAAACCCUUCCAAUGGCUCCUCUAUGCACCCGCUCGACAAUGGACCCUACAAUAGCAAGCAGGAGGAGGAAGAGGAGGAGGAGGUGGUGGUGCCGCUCGUCAGGUACAGAGAGUGCCUCAAGAACCAUGCCGCCGCCAUGGGAGGAAAUGCCACCGACGGUUGUGGCGAGUUCAUGCCAAGCGGAGACCACGGAACCAUGGAAGCCCUCACCUGCUCCGCCUGCCGCUGCCACAGAAACUUCCACCGAAAGGAAAUCCAAGGGGAGCCCUCAGCCCCACCCCCGCCCUUGCUGGAGUACCACCACCACCACUUCAACACCGCCACCAGGCACCUCGCCGCUUCUAGAAAGUUCCUUCACAAGAACAUGCACCAUCAUCAUCAUCUCGGUUACCCUACUGCCGGCGGCGGUAACAUCCUUUCCGCUUACUAUCACCACCCGUCCGCAGCACCUCACAUGCUACUUGCCCUCUCCGGCGCUGGCAUCGCGGCGCCGCCGGAGAGCACCGCGGCACCAAUUUCCGCCGCCGCAGCUUUAGCGUCUCCGAGGAAGAGGUUCAGGACGAAGUUCAGCCAGGAGCAGAAGGAGAAGAUGCUGGCUUUUGCGGAGAAGGUUGGUUGGAAGAUUCAGAAGCAAGAAGACUCGGUUGUUCAGAACUUCUGCAACGAGAUUGGAGUCAAACGCAGAGUCCUCAAGGUUUGGAUGCAUAACAAUAAACACAACCUCGCUAAAAAAAACCUUCUCAUCAUUCCCCCAUCCUCUUCUACUUAAUUCUUUCUUAACCCUUCUUCUAUUAUAAUUAACUCUAUAUUCUACUACUACUACUACUACUACGUCUCUUUAAAUAUUAUAAUAUUUAAAAUAACAUCCUUAGUUUUUCUGUUAUCGUUCUCAUCAUGUAUGUCUAGUUUAGGAAUUUAAUUUCUUUUACUGUUUCUGGGUGGUGUUUUAAUUUGUUUAUGUCCUCAUCAAAGCCCCUUGUUAUUAGGUGAUGAAGACAUACAUGGAGUUAAUAUUAUUAGAGCCUGAUGGAUGAGAUACUGUGUGCGUUUAUUAAACAAGAUUUAUUUAUAUAUAC